AUGAAAGCGCUUUCCAUCCCGAAGCUUGAACUGCAGGCUGCGUUACUGGAUACCCGCUUGAAGGAAGACGUCCUCAAAGCUCUAACCAUUCCUGUGUCAAACACGUUCAUCUGGACUGACAGCACCACUGUGCUCCAGUGGUUAAACUCAGGUAGUAAGCAUCCCACGUUCGUGGCAAACCGGAUUGGAGAGAUUCUGGAAAAUACGACCGUAGACCAGUGGUUUCAUGUCUUAAGUGGAGACAACCCUGCUGAUACGGAAUCCCGAGGAAUCUCAGCGGAGUCCUUAAAAACAAGCAGCUGGGUGAACGGGCCAAGUCUGCUGAAAAGUGGCAAGUGGCCUUUCAAGCCGAGCAUAGAAAUAUUUUAG